CAAAUUUCAGCCCCAUAUAUAAGCUUAAAAAAAAACCUCGAAAACAAUUCAUUUAAGCAUACAGCAAGAGCAAAGAGAAGCAGGGACACGGGACAAAGGGAAUCGUGUUCGUGCAUUGAAGAACAAGAGUUGGUGUCCGGGUUUGGGUUUGACGUAAACCUAAGGAGUUUGAUUUUAUUUUGGUUUUAGGGUUUUCGAGGAAUGGAAGAUUCAGAAAAGAGAAGGCACCGUGAGAGAAGAGAUAGGGAUAGGGAUAGGGAUCGAGAACGGCGUCGUUCCGAGAGAGAGAAGAGCAGCGAUUCCGAUAGAGAAAAGGAGAGGGAAAAAGAAAAGCAUCGAGAUAGGGGAAGGGAAAGGAAAGAUAGGGAACGAGAGAAGGAAAAGGAGAGGGAAAGAGCUAGGGAGAAGGAAAGGGAAAGGGAAAAGCGUGAAAGGGAAAGGGAAAGGGAAAGAGAAAGGGAGAAGAGGGAAAGAGAAAGAGAAAGGGAAAGGGAAAAAGAGAGGGAGAGGGAAAAGAAGGCGAGGGAAAAGGAGAAGAGGAGGGAAUAUAAUAGUGAUGAUAGCAAGGAGGAGAAGGAACGACAUAGGAAGCGGCGAAGGAGGGAACGCGAUGACGAAGAUGACUGUAACGAUGAUUAUAAGGAGAGGGAGAGUAAAUCGAAUAGGGGAGAGAGUCCUGCUAGGAAAAAGAGUGGUGAAGAUGAGUUGGAGAAGAAAGGGAAGAAAAGUAGGGAAGAGGAAAUGGAAGAUGAGCAGCGUAAAUUGGAUGAGGAGAUGGAGAAAAGGAGGAGGAGGGUUCAAGAAUGGCAGGAGUUGAGGAGGAAGAAGGAAGAAAUGGAGAGGGAGAAACGUGGGGAAGGGAAUGCGGUUGAAGAGGAGGAGGCUAAGGUUGGUAAAGCUUGGACCCUUGAAGGGGAAUCAGAUGAUGAUGAAGCGGCUUCUUCUAUGAAUGCGGAGAUGAGUAUGGAGGUCGAUGAUAAUGAGAAUGCUAAGCCUGAUGGUAAGGUAACUGGAGAUGCAAUGCAUGACGGUGGGAAUUCUGAGGAUGGAAAAGAUAAAAUGGUUGUUGACCAAAAUGGGGAUAAUGGGGUUGCUGAGAAUGAUGAUGAAAUUGACCCAUUAGAUGCUUUUAUGAAUUCAAUGGUGCUACCUGAAGUUGAGAAGCUAAGUAAUGCAGUUGUUGAUCCUCCUCCUAGUGAUAGCAAUGGGAACCUGAAGACUGAUAAAAAAGAUGGCUUGAGUAAUGGUGGACAGGAGCAGCCAAAGAAAGGUUCGAACAAGGCACUUGGGAGAAUCAUUCCCGGCGAAGAUUCGGAUUCGGAUUACGGGGAUGUUGAGAAUGACGAAGAGAAUUUAGAAGAUGAAGACGAUGAUGAGUUCAUGAAAAGGGUAAAGAAGACAAAAGCUGAAAAACUAUCGAUUGUAGACCAUUCAAAGAUCGAUUAUAAACCAUUCAGGAAAAAUUUCUAUAUUGAAGUUAAGGAGAUAUCUAGAAUGAUACCUGAGGAAGUGUCUGCUUAUAGGAAGGAAUUGGAAUUGAAGUUACAUGGAAAGGAUGUGCCGAAACCAAUCAAAACCUGGCAUCAAACUGGACUAACAAGUAAAAUAUUAGAGACAAUAAGGAAGCUAAAUUAUGAGAAGCCAAUGCCAAUUCAAGCUCAGGCACUGCCUGUAAUCAUGAGUGGUCGAGACUGCAUUGGUAUAGCAAAAACUGGCUCUGGUAAAACCCUUGCUUUUGUGUUACCUAUGUUAAGGCAUAUUAAAGAUCAGCCACCUGUAGUAGCUGGAGAUGGGCCUAUUGGACUCAUUAUGGCACCCACAAGGGAGCUUGUACAGCAGAUUCAUAGUGACAUAAAGAAGUUUACCAAGGUAAUGGGAAUCAGAUGUGUUCCUGUGUAUGGAGGUUCUGGUGUUGCCCAGCAGAUUAGUGAAUUAAAAAGGGGAACAGAGAUUGUUGUAUGUACUCCAGGUAGGAUGAUUGAUAUACUUUGUACCAGUGGGGGAAAAAUUAGUAAUCUUCGUAGAGUGACAUACUUGGUUCUGGAUGAAGCUGACAGAAUGUUUGAUAUGGGUUUUGAACCUCAAAUUACUCGAAUUGUUCAAAAUAUUCGACCUGAUCGCCAAACUGUACUAUUUUCUGCUACUUUCCCUCGCCAGGUUGAGAUUUUGGCACGGAAAGUGUUGAAUAAACCUGUUGAAAUACAGGUUGGUGGGAGAAGUGUUGUGAACAAGGACAUAACCCAGUUGGUUGAGAUGAGGCCAGAAAGUGAAAGGUUCCUAAGAUUGUUAGAACUUCUAGGUGAAUGGUAUGAGAAGGGGAAAAUUCUGAUUUUUGUCCACAGUCAAGAAAAGUGUGAUGCUUUGUUCAGGGAUUUGCUCAAACAUGGUUACCCUUGCCUGUCACUUCAUGGGGCCAAGGAUCAGACUGAUCGGGAGUCCACCAUUUCUGAUUUUAAGAGCAAUGUUUGCAAUUUGUUGAUUGCAACAAGUGUUGCAGCUAGGGGUUUAGAUGUAAAGGAGCUUGAAUUAGUGAUUAACUUUGAUGUACCAAAUCAUUAUGAAGAUUAUGUUCACCGUGUUGGUAGGACUGGUAGAGCUGGGCGGAAAGGCUGUGCUAUCACAUUUAUCUCUGAGGAUGAUGCAAGAUAUGCACCGGAUCUCGUAAAAGCUUUAGAACUCUCUGAGCAAGUUGUUCCUGAUGACCUGAAAGCUCUCGCAGAUGGCUUUAUGGCAAAAGUCAAUCAGGGACUUGAGCAGGCUCAUGGAACAGGUUAUGGUGGAAGUGGUUUUAAAUUCAAUGAAGAGGAGGAUGAAAAGAGAAAAGCAGCAAAGAAAGCACAAGCAAAAGAAUAUGGGUUUGAGGAAGACAAGUCAGACUCGGAAGAUGAAGAUGAAGGGGUGCGGAAGGCAGGUGGUGACAUCUCACAGCAGACAGCACUUGCUCAGAUAGCUGCCAUGGCUGCUGCCUCCAAAGCUAGUACUGCUUUGAUGCAGAAUCCUCUAUCAUCUGGCCAACUGCUUCCCAAUGCUGUAUUGCCUAUUUCUCUUCCUGGUGUACAUGGUGUCUCAAUGCCUGGGACUGCAGCAGUUGUUCCUGGUAGUGGGCUGUCUGGUCUUCCAAAUGAAGAGGCUGCUCGAAAAGCUGCACUGCAAGCUGCUCUCAAUUUACAGCAUAACCUAGCAAAGAUUCAAGCUGAUGUUAUGCCUGAACAUUAUGAAGCUGAGUUGGAGAUCAAUGAAUUCCCACAAAAUGCUCGAUGGAAGGUUACCCACAAGGAAACUUUGGGCCCAAUAUCGGAAUGGACUGGAGCUGCCAUUACUACGAGGGGCCAGUAUUUCCCACCUGGUCGGAUCCCAGGACCAGGAGAACGCAAGCUUUACUUGUUCAUUGAAGGACCUACUGAGUUAUCUGUUAAGAGAGCUAAGGCAGAACUGAAACGUGUGCUGGAAGACAUCUCACACCAGUCCUUACAACUUCCUGGUGGGACUCAACCCGGCAGAUACCAAGUUUUGUAGAUAUUGUUGGAUUUGUGGUUGGACUUGUCACUCAGACCCAAAAGUCAAUCUUCAUGAUGGUGUUCCUCUUCGUGUGAUUCAAGACUCGCAUCCUCUUCGGGGUAUGAAACUAAACGAUAUUUGUUAACUAAAAAUGGCCAUAAUAGUAGUAUUAUUAUUCUGAAGGGGAAAAACUAAUGAUGGAUUUUUAGGUGGUUUGCUAAUUAAUUGACAUAUAUUUGACUGAGGCAACAUAAUUUGGUAGAAUUAAUUUGGUAGGAAAUAAGUAAUUUAACUAAAUGAAUCUAUAAGGAUGUGAAAUAAGGACUUUUGUCAUGCAUCGGGUAAGUUCUAUUAUCUUACUUAUCAAUGACUGAUUCCUUUGUUUUAUUUCCAGAUGCUUGGUGUAAUCCCCUGUCAAUCAAGUGACAGCUUAUGACCUCCAUACGUUAUAUUUCUCUUUGAUUUUCUUUCUAACUGUCAAAUUGUGACGUUUGAAACUCAUGAGCUCUUCUUGAAUGAUCCUAUUAAUUCUUGUGACUUGCUUUUGAUUUCUCUACAUAUAUAUAUGCAGUUAUUUGGUUUACUUCAUAAAUCUCUGGUAGAAUCAUAAAUAAAUAUGCUGUUUCAUAUUGUUGUCGUUUCUGAUGUUUCAGAGGUUUUCUUAUUCUCUCUUCCUAGAGUCUUAUGCUAUUUUAUGUUUCAAUUUCUUG